GCGAGCCGCCGGCGGAAGUGCUGCGUCGUGCACUUCCGGGUGUUGUCUGGCCGCCGUCGCGCGUCUCGGGUCUCCCGGCCACCGCCCGGGUCGUGGAGCCAGGAGCGACGUCACCGCCAUGGCGGGCAUCAAAGCUCUAAUUAGCUUGUCGUUUGGAGGAGCAAUCGGGCUGAUGUUUUUGAUGCUUGGAUGUGCCCUUCCAAUAUACAACGAAUACUGGCCCCUCUUCGUCCUCUUCUUUUACGUCCUUUCCCCCAUCCCGUACUGCGUAGCCAGGAGACUGGUGGACGACACGGACGCCAUGAGCAGCGCCUGCAAGGAGCUCGCCAUAUUCCUCACGACGGGCGUCGUCGUCUCGGCCUUUGGGCUCCCCGUCGUAUUUGCCAGAGCGAAUCUGAUCAAGUGGGGAGCCUGCGCACUCGUCCUCACAGGAAACACAGUCAUCUUCGCCACCAUACUGGGCUUCUUCCUGGUCUUCGGGAGCAACGACGACUUCAGCUGGCAGCAGUGGUGAGAAGAGCUGCGAACUGUUGUCACAUGGACUUCUGUCGCCUGCUGGCCGUCCGCGCCCGGGAGAUGGGGACCGGGACGCUGAGUUGUGUAGCGAGUCCCCGGGGGUGUCCCACGUGCUCCCUUCUCACUCUUGUACGCCUCCUGUUUCCACGGGGACUUGCUAAGGAUUAAAAGGAUUUUUCUCUUUUGGAAAAGCUUCACUGGUUUCCCACUUCUCUAGACUGCUUUCCAUGGUGUCCUGCUGAUUCUAAAAUACCCACACGUUUUCCCCAUUCCGUUGUUUUUAAAUCAGUAUGCAAUGUUAAACCUUUUUAAGAUGUAAUAACCGUUUGCAUUGGUUUAGGAAUUCAGAACUUCUGGCUGUAUUAUGGGCUAAAGUACAUAUUUUCUCUAAAAAUCAGUUAAUCUCCAUUAUAAAAAUAUAUAUAUAUAUAUGUUAGUUUCCAUUCAGUCAGGAUGCCAUCACUCCCAGGUGAAUGCAACCAUCCAGAGCAUUGACAUACCUUAUCCACUAUUUACUCAGUGCACAGACAGCUGCAUUUAUACCUCAGGGGGGCCGAGUAAUACUGCCCAUGCCCUCCAUAAGGGUUGCUGGUUUUAUGAGUAGACAGGUGUUUUGUGACUUGAAAAUUAUUUUAUGGAAUUGCUACAAAAGAGUGCUUGUCUCCUCAAUCGUUAGAAUUUAUGUUAAACUUUGAGGUACAAGUGUAAAACAAGUCUGGGGAUACAGUUUAUAUCUGUGUGUAUUACAGUUAAAGCAAGUGAGUUGCUGUGUGGGAAGCAGCAAAGCUGAAAUUCGGCCAUUUGAAUGCCGCUUCUGUUUAUAAGUGACAAGUCUGAGCUUCUGUCAGCCUCUUGUGGUUCGGAGGGUGACAUGGACAUGCAUGGGACAGUCGUGUGUUUGCAUUGUAGAUACUCAAAAACUCCCCCGCUUCCUCCUCUUAACUUAUUUUGUACAUUGUAUAUAUUGUCAGAGAUCUUUUCAAAUAUAGUUUAAUAGCAUCUAGAAAUGUUUGACUACUAGGAAAACGAUUGCUACGCCAUACAUUCAGAGUGCCCCCUCCCCCUCAAGGCCUUGACUCGAUUCACAAGUGACUUGUUAGUCUUGCAGGUAAUCCAGGGACAGACAGUUAUAGGACUCGGACCGUGAGAGGAGCAGUCCCCAGAGGUUAGAGCGUGUGUAUUUCAAAAACACUUAAGACAGGCUUCCUGAUACCUCUUAGUUGAGGUCUGGUUUCAUCACGAUAGAUCUGCUGUUGUAAAGGUAUUUAUUGUAUGAAUUAAUACAGAGUAGCCAAAUCCAGCUGUGUCACAGCUUCAAACUCAAACCCGACCAAAAACUUCCCAAAGUGGCCAGGCAUGACCAAACGGUAGCGGUCCUUCGCAUCUUCGAUUCUCAGUACGUAACUCAAGAGCUGGUUAUGAAAAUGUUCGCGUUGAUCCGACAGUAUUUUGUGAGGACAUUUGUAUGUUUCUUCAGCCUGCUUAUAUAAAGAGAAGUGUUCUGCCUUUAGCUGAAAAUGAGUAACCAUGACAACUGUCUUUUGUUGUUUUCUAGGGUUUUCUCAAAAAGGAAAAUGGGACCACAUACGUAAUUUGUUCAGCUUUUUUACUUAAAGAUGCCCAAAGCUGCAGUUUUGAUUUUGUUUUGUUUGACCUAACCCAUGUUGGAUUACCACUGGCUGUGAGAUGGGAAGCAGUGUGGCUGUGCCAUUUGUGGGUUAGACCAAAUGUGGCUCACUGGGUAAUGCUGAUGGAGGUGUGUGUGUACACACGGUCAGAGCUGUGCCGGUGAUCAGGAUGGAGUGGGAGGCUCCUUCUCAGGUCCUUCCCCAUUUUCUGUUCCUUCACAAACGCAAUGCUGUGCGCGCGCGUGCACGCGCGGCCACAGACUCCUUUUCUAACAGCUGCGUUCUUUCUGGGUACUAAUUUUAUCAGCAGCAUUGUGUGUCUGACCAGGACACUGGCUUCAUAGUCCCAUCUCUGGUUUCUAGACUAGUUACUUACGAGUUUUUCAUGAAUAUGCACCAACACGACAUUGCCAUUCUGCUGUGGAGAGAAAGAAAACUUUUGAUGAUGAGACAAUAAAGAUUUUAAAUAUCCA